AAGAUUAAGCCUCAUAUAAUAUCUCGUAAAACGAACAAAGAGCUACAGUGGUCAAUAAAAUGUUUGAAGAUUUGAAGAAUCAGAAACAUGUCCAUAUACGAGAUUGGGAUUUUGUGAAGAGAACCAUAGAAAAUAUAGCUGCAGAUGGACCAGACAAAUUACAGGUUGUUGCUGACUUUGAUCGGACACUGACAAAGUAUACAAACAAAGGAGAGUUAUGUGCAUCUUGUCAUAAAGUUCUUGAGGAGGGUGAUCACCUACCAGAAUUCUUCAGAGUAAAGGCUACAGAACUGCGUGACACCUACUUCCCAUUAGAAAUGAACCCAGAUAUUCCUGUGAAUGAGAAGAUUCCACUAAUGAUAGAAUGGUGGACAAAAGCCCACAACUUGUUGGCAGAAUGUGGUAUCACAAAACAGUCUAUCAGGAAAAUGGUGGAGUCAUCAACAGCCAUGCUGAGAGACGGAUGUGUAUGGCUGUUUGAUCACUUAAACACACAUGAAGUUCCAUUACUGAUUUUCUCUGCUGGUAUCGGGGAUGUAUUGGAGGAAGUGAUUCGUAUCCAAGCAACUUAUCAUAGCAACAUGAAAGUUGUGUCAAACUACAUGGCUUUUGAUGAAUAUGACCGUAUGGUUGGAUUUCAAGGAGACAUGAUUCAUGUUUACAACAAAUGUGAGAAUGCGAUUCAUGACUCUGAUUACUUCCCGCGUCUGGAGAAACGGUCCAACAUCCUGCUUCUUGGGGACGGGAUCGGGGACCUGAACAUGGCUGAUGGGGUGACCAAUGUAACAAACAAACUUACAAUAGGAUUUUUAAAUGUGAAGAUUGAAGAGAGCUUGGAGCUGUAUAUGAGUAAAUAUGACAUUGUGAUAUGUGAUGACGAAACCAUGGACGUAGUGAACUCAAUUGUGGAGCUUGUAACCGCGAAGUAAAUUAUCAGCCCUACAGAUUUAGGAUAAGAAACAUUCACCACAUGUGUUUAAUGAGUACUAUACCUCUGUACCAAGACCUUUCAAAGGAUAAACUUUUACAUAAUUUUUUUACUUUUAUCCUUUUUUCACAGAGACAUAUGCAGAUAUCAGUAACAUUGCCGAAAGUGUAGUUUUAUUGCAAAUUGUAAAUACGAAAAUGUAUUUUUUGCUAACAUAAAAUGCACAUUGCUAUAUAUAUUUUUAACCAGUAAAAUGAUAACAAGACCCAUUUUGAGGAGAAACGAAUGUCAUGUAUUUGUACUAAACGUACAUAUGAUAUAUUUCCUGCAUAAUAAUAUCAUCAAUUUAAGUUUCAAGAAAAUAAUAUCCUGUAAGAAAUUUUAGAUAUUUGUUAAUUUGAUAUUAAUCACCAACUGCAUGUACCCCACACUAAACCCAAGGAGUCAACAAAAAACACUUUGUUAAAGGUCAUGGGAUGGGCUUAUCAAAAGACAAAAAAGUAUCAUCUCCUAAUAACAGUAAAUAUGGGUGGGCUUAUUACUAGAUAUCAACUUAUUGCUUGAGAAAUUCAUUAUAAUGAUAAAGUAUUCAAUAUUUCCCAUCCAAGUAGGUACAAAAAGAAAAUUUCCUUGUAGAAUGGGAUAUAGUUAGGAACAAUUCAAUGUGGUACUUAUACUUCCAAUGUGUCCUAUGCGGUCUCCUGAAUGUUUUUGUUGUCAUCAAAGACCUAAUGAGAAACUGAGAUAACUAAUGGGGUUUUAAAAUCAUAUUACUUAAACAGUUGCGUUACAAACUCUACUAAUAAAUCUCUAUAUAUGACAUGUCUGUCAUACAAGUCACAUGUCGCACGAAAAACAAGGUUUUAGACUGUCUUGUCCUUGUUUUAAACUCUACUAUUAAAUCUUUAUACAUGACAUGCCUGUCUUACAAGUCACACGAAAAAAAAGGUUUUAGACUGUCUUGUCCUUGAUUGUGUCCUGAAGUGUGUUUAAUUUUUUUUUUUGGUGCAGGGUUAAAUGUCCUGAUUGAGUCUGAUGAAUCAGAUUAUCUGUUUUUUUAUCUCGUAAUUACAAUACUGUGGUUCAAGUAAGCUUGUGGCAUUACAAUAGUUCUGUAUUUGGUAUUUUUGUCUGUUAAAAUUUCAACCUUUCAUGGAAGAUCAGAAAGCGCCUACUUAAACAUCUAGCCACAUGAAAGUAGAUACAAGGGUUUUACUAUUGUGUGAAAUGUCUUGUUACUGACAUGAAAAGUUGGUUGUUUUUAGAAAGGUACAGCAAAGACUGGGUGUAUGCAUUUGAAAUCAGAACCUGUGAUAGUCAAAGAAGUUAUUGUACAUUCUUUCAUGGUACUGACUUAAUUGAGAAGAGUGUCCCUGCUGUAUCUCACACCAUAUUCUAAAGAAGUUGGGCUCCCCUUACAGACCAGGAAUAGACACCUGACAAUAGCUUCUUGAGAAAAAAAAGAAUAUGUGAGAUUCACACUGCUUGUAAUUGAAUGUUUGCUGGAAUUGUCACUGUGAUCUCUACUGAAUUGUGAUACAUUUAUACUUAACUGAAAUAAGCUAUAUGUUUUGAUACUACACAAAUCUGAAUUUUUUCUCCACAUGUUUUGAGGUAGACUUGUUAGUUCAAUUUUCGUUAAGGAAUUAUAUGUACAGGUUUGUUGUGUUUUCAGUCUCAUUUCUAUGUUGUUUUUUUUGUAUUAUGUUUUUUUUUUUUUUUACUUUUUUGUUAAAAUACCCCAAAUAGAUAAUCCCAGAAGAUUGUUAUAUACAUUUAUAUUAAUUUUUUUUUAUAAAUGCCCUGUUCACAUUAUAUAUCCCUCAGUCAAGAAACACUUGGUCGGGUGGCGCAGUGUUAAUGCACUCGCCUUUCACCUAGCCGACCGGGGUUCGAUUCCCGGAACGGACGUGAAAAGGUAAGGGGUCACCUGCCCGACCACGUGGGUUUUCCCCGGGUACUCCGGUUUCCUCCCACAGUAAGACCCUUCGCGCGCUUACAUCCGGGCCAACAAGAGUGAUUAGUAUAAGUUGACAUAACUUGUUUCGCAAUUGUUGUAAAAUAAAUAAAGUUUAUUAUAAGAAACACUGUCCUAUGUACAUCAUAUGUGUUCUAUACCAGUAUCAAAUGGUCAGUAUGGGACUAGAACCUCCAGUUCAUUUCAUUUAUCCAGGAGAUUUUAAAGAUUAAAAUCUUAUUUUCAUUUUAAAAUUGAUAUGUUUUAUUUUUACAGAGUUAAGCACAGUAGAUGAGAUUUUAGUAAGACAUUGAAACAAAAAUGUGAUUGAAUUUUAUGAGCAAGUAAUUUUUAAUAUGUGUUUUAAGUCUGUCGGACUGGAACAACAGCUUUCCAGUUUAGACCCUUUACUCUGAAAGAUCAUCAUAAGUGUGCAAAUCAUAUCAAAUUGAAUGAUACUAUAUCAAAUUAAAGAAAUGUGAUGAUUUUCCGAUACAAGAUUUUUUCUUCUAAAUUUUCUUCAUUCUAACAUUGACUCUUUUUACUAUUUGAUUAAAACUGGGUAAACCAUAUUCAAAGAACUAAAUAUACUGGCAUUUAGCUGGAGAGUAUACAAUUUCUGAAGCCUGAAUAACCACUGUGUUUAUAGUUCAUAGAAUUGAAUAAGUAUUUUAUAGUUAGAGUAUUCUCCCCUUGAUUUCCUCCCAGUGCUGAGCUGACCCAGAUAAACACAAAACACCUGUUAUAAUUUGUCAAAAAUGUGUUCACUUUCUCCUCGUAUCUACAUGUACAAGGUGAGUGAAGAAAGAAGUUUGUCACAUGACCUAUUGUGUAUGAACAGGUUACUUUGGUUCUGUACUUAUGGUUUUCCUAGAAUUGUAGCCUUAACGGUAUAUGGGUGCUUAUCUUUCAUUUGCAAUUAUUUUUUGGUAUUCUAUUGUUUUUUCUUCUCCCUCAUUUGCUGCUGCUUUGUAUGUUUGGAAACAUUACUAAUAGAAUGUAUACAAGUAAUCAAUAUUAAGAAACAACUUUGAUGACAACUGCAUUUUUUUUAUGAAUAUAUAGUUUAGGACGGCGUCAUAUACCUUCAAUACUUGGAAGUUUUAUUGCAAGGAUGUUAAACAAAAUUUUACUCUGUAGCAUGACAUGGAGAAUUUCCUGUGUAACCAUAAAUAAUUGAAAUAAUCAGAUUUGUAAAGCAAUGAGCGUUUCCGUCACUUUAGUAUAUUGCAAAAGGAAAAUAAAUAAAUAAAUAAUAAUAAAAUGGUUCUGUUUAGUAAGAAGAUUAUUACUCAUGAUUGUGAGGAAUAAUGAUGUGUAAAUUUAUUUUGAAAACAAAGUUUUUGGCAACAUGUCAUAUAGAAAGAUAUUAAUUAUUUAUUUACUUGACAAGUAAUGAUGAUGCAUGUACUUUCCUUAGUGAGAAAUAUGAGAAUUGCAAACUGGAUGUGAUUUGAAUGAUUUAGAAAUACAAUGUUGUUCCUUAUUUUGUAAGGAGUCAGAAUAAUGUUUGUUAUUUAAUGAUGCAAAGUGUAGUACAUACAAUGUAAUGUUAUGAUAGAUAGUAGUUUGCUGUUAUGGUGUGUGUGAGUUACUGUAAUGAUUUAUGCCUAAAUCACUAAAUUGCUGGAAUGUCAUAUUGUGAUACACUUUGUGAUAAAGUAGAGGGAAAUAGUUAUGGUGUAACUGUAGAUGUUAUUUUUAUCUUUGUCUCUGAUGAAUGUGAAUCUCUUGACAAGGACUUUUAUAUUCCACAACCAGUGACACCAUUGAUGAAAUGUAAUUAAUCUAUUCACCUUUAUCUAUUGUACAACAAUUGCAAAAAAAGUUUCUGAGUCUUAUAUUCAUUAUGGCCUUAUGUAUUUUAUGGCCCGGAUGGAAGCACACAAGGGAGGUUACUCCGGGAGGAAACUUGAGUACCCAAGGAAAACCCAUGUGGCCGGGCAGGUGAUUUAUACCUUUUCACAUCUGUUUUAGGAAUCAAACCUCAGACGUCAGGGUGACAAAGUUACCGGUUUGUCAUCUGACGACCUAAAAUGCAUUGUUCUACAUCCAUUAAUGAAAAGUAGGAUUACAAAUAAGAAUAUUGUCCAUGUAAAUCCUUGGUUUUUUGUUUUGCUGUUUACUCACAAAAACCUUUUUUUCAUUUUUUCCGUUUACUCACAAAAACCUUUUUUUCAUUUUUUCCGUUUACUCACAAAACACUUUUUAAAAUUUUUUCCCCUUUUCAUUAUUUUACUUAUAUAUUUACAAUUUCAUGUAAUUUUCUAUGUACAUUACUUCUCUAUCACUAAAUACUUACGAUUGGCAAAUGUUGGCAAUUUAAUACGUGUACGUAUACAUAUUCAUCACUAGAACUCGGUUUUCAUUGGUGGUCGCCAUCGUUGCCAUUUGUGAAAAUGAGAGAUCAUUGGCAAUUUUGAAAUUAAAUGGUGAAAAUAUGCAAGUUACGUGUUUUCCCUAACUUAAUGAUAUGUCAAGACUCUAGAAUGUAUAUUAAUGUGGCUUGUUCUAAUUCAAUGGGUUUUUUUGUUGUUAAAUUCCUUUUCAAAUGAAAAAAAAAACUUUGAGAGAAAAAUCAAUUAUGAAAUUAGUUUCCAAUUAAUCAAAAUGUUUCGGUGCAGAAUUUCCUUAUCUUAAAAACCUGUGAUUCACAAUCAAGAUUUAACAGAUUGUAACACAAUGGUGUCCUUGUAUCACAAAGUCUCAUUACUGUACAAUAUUGUCACUGGUGUACCAUUUGGUUGUUGUAUAUAAUUCUUUAAUUUUCUGCUGUCAGAGUUAUGUUAUAUGCCCUGGUUAGAAAUGCUUUGGUUGGAUGUUUUGAAGUAUAAAUGUUCAUUCUACUUUUGAAAUCAUUUGGAAUGUUUUUAAUUGUACACUCCUGUGCCUAAUCAAUUAAAAGAAUAGAAAUAUUUGAGGGAUGCUAUCGUUCAGCUGUUGUGAUUAAAGUCUUUGACAGCACUCAA